UUCGGUCGGUCCAGUGUAUCAGUAAAAGCACUGAAUCACCUCCGAUCGCACAUGGCUGCUGCUCCGGGCUGCUUCGUGGGCUGGCAACCGCUACUGCUGCUAGCCGUUCUAGUGGUUCUACAGGGUCAACAGCUCCGCGCGGACUUUGGACUGCCAACGGCGGUGCUGGGGGGAAAUUUGGUCGUACGAGAUGCCAACGGGAUUAACGGCGUGUUGAACGCAAUGGAUCGGGCGUUCCGUCGGUUCAACCCGACCGGACAGACGGACCGGUUGAUACAGGCUAGUGCAGUGAUUUCGCAGAUUGCGUUGAAUGUGACCGAGUUGGGGAGGUCGGUGGCUGGUGGUGUAAUUAAGGCCGCAAGUGACAGAUCUACACCGGUGGAUGAGCUGUUUGCUAAGCUACAGGAGAAUUAUGGACGGAUGAGUCGUUAUUUGGAUUCGGAAGUGCAGAACGAGAUCGAUACGCUGAAUAAGAGUAUUGGAAGUGCACAAAGUUUAAGCUUGAAAAAUGCGUUGAAUUCUGUUGCGGCUGCCGUGAGACAAAUUACCAACUCAACUGCUGACGUAGGAUCGGUGAUUGCUAGAAUUCAUGAAACCACAAGUGGAAACACCAUAUUCAAAGCAGUUGACAAGGCGAGCAUUCCAGCUGAUUUGACCACGUCACUGUCAAGGGCACUGAGCAAUACCAAAGAUCAAUUAACGGGACUUUCCAGAACUAUUGAUGGCAUGCUUAAAAAUAUUGGAACAACAAACGCCUUUCUAGCCAGGUUUGACCAGACACGCCAAGCGACCGAGAAGAAUAUCGUGGGCAACCAGCAAGGUGUGAAAGCGUUUAUUGAUGGAGAAAAAGACACUACCGUGAAGCGAUACACAAACACCCGUAAUGCCAUCAUCGCUGAUAUCAGUAAUGCCGUAGGAAAACUGAACGUAUUCGGCACCAACCAGACCCUGUUAGCGCUGUCCGACAAACACUCGGAAGAGUACACCAAGAUCUACUACUACCUGUUCAACCGUAACGAGUCCGAUAUUCAGAACAUCUCCAGCGCCUUCGACGCCAUCGGCAACAACAUGGAGAAAAUUGUGGUUGAUUCCAGUGACACCAUUACGGGCCAAUCUCAGCAAACCGUAGACAGACUUGCGGAACUCUUUCUAGCCCGUAGUGUAAACUCCGAGAUCUGUUACAACAAAUAUUCCGGUCAGGUCAUAAACACCUUCCCGGGCUACCAAAAUGGCGUCGUAAACUGUAUGACUCGGGAGAAAAAUCGCCUGGGCCGAAUCACCGACGUGAUGGACCGCAUGCUGCAGUUGAUCCUAUCGACCAGUCAGGACCUGGCCAACAACGUCGCGAGCUGUACGGUCUGGAAUGGCUUUGACAAAUCGGAAACCGUGUACCGGCAAGCCGAGGCCUGUCUUCACACCAACAUCAACGAGAUGGCCAAGUUCGGGUCGAUCAUUGGGCGUGAGCUUGACCUGGUGCAGACGCUGGGCGAUGUGGAGGUCGCAGCCAGUCGGUACAGGUUGUACGAUUGUGUGGCGGCGCGGAACAACGAGGCGCUGGCCACCAUCUACGUGCUGAACAAGGAUAUUGACGGGUGCGUGAGUGAGCCUGGGCUGCAAAGGGAUGUCCUGGGUGGCGGAGAGAAGGGUGGGGACGAGGACACGGAGGAUCCGUACGAGGCGGGGGCGUCUACCACGGAGGAACCCGUGUACGAUGAGUAUCUGAUGGAGGUGUUUAGCAAUAGUAGCAGCUUCGGUGAUGAUGUGGAUAAAAUUAUGUGAAUAAAGAAACGAAAGAAGAAGACGAA